AUGUCAUUAAAAGCCUCAAACAAAUUUUUCAUUUUCUCUUUAAUCAUAAAUAAAAUAAUAUCUUCACCAAACGUUCAGUCCCUUACUGAUAUAAAUGUCGAAACGAGUUUAUUUGGUCAACCAACUAUGAAUUUUUUGGAUAAGAAUUCAAAAUAUUUGCCAGUGAACAGUAUCGCAAGAAAUUUUCAAAAGGAUAAUGAAGCAAACUCAUUAAAAGCGUUGAUAAUCAAGCGUUCAAGUCCGAACACUGUUACGUCGGACUUGAAAAUGGAGAUAUUUUCGGAGUUGGAUUAUAGAAAGGACGCGUUCAAAUCCGAAAAACGUUUCGUCGGGCUGGAUAAUGGGGAUAUAGUGGAUUUGUCGAAGAGAUACGUUCAAGUCCGAACACUGUUUGUUGAAGGAGUUGUUCAGACCGAACACUGUUUUCGUCGGGCAAGUAGUAUUUGCGACGGCCUACUGAAAAUUUAUGGGGAUAUUGUUGAAGGAGUUGGAUUAUUGAAAGAACGUGUUCAAAGUCCGAACACUGUGGGCUUGUUAAUGGAAGAAUUGUUGGAGUUAGGGCACGUUCAAGUCCGAACACUGUUUCGUCGGACUUGA